UUAUCAGCAAACAGCCAUUCUUUGACACCUCAAAUUGAUAUGGAUUCCAGUAGCUCUGAAGAAUUCUAUCAGGCAGUUCACCACGCAGAACAAACCUUCAGAAAGAUGGAAAGUUACCUGAAGCAACAGCAACUCUGUGAUGUUAUCCUGAUUGUUGGCAACCGAAAGAUACCAGCACAUCGGCUUGUUCUGAGUUCAGUAUCCGACUACUUUGCGGCCAUGUUUACAAGUGAUGUUUGUGAAGCCAAGCAAGAAGAGAUCAAGAUGGAAGGCAUUGACCCCAAUGCCCUGUGGGAGCUUGUCCAAUUUGCAUAUACAGGUUGCUUGGAACUAAAGGAAGACACCAUUGAAAAUCUUCUUGCUGCAGCAUGCCUUCUUCAGCUUCCUCAAGUAGUAGAAGUGUGCUGCCACUUUCUCAUGAAACUUUUGCAUCCGUCUAACUGUUUAGGAAUACGAGCAUUUGCAGAUGCUCAAGGAUGCAUUGAACUUAUGAAGGUGGCCCAUAGCUACACAAUGGAAAACAUAAUGGAAGUUAUCAGAAAUCAAGAGUUUUUACUCCUUCCAGCUGAGGAACUUCAUAAACUCCUAGCCAGUGAUGAUGUUAAUGUUCCUGAUGAAGAAACCAUCUUUCAUGCAUUAAUGAUGUGGGUCAAGUACGACACACAGAGGAGAUGCAAUGACCUAAGUAUGCUUCUUGCCUUUAUAAGACUACCACUGCUUCCACCACAGAUAUUGGCUGAUCUAGAAAACCAUGCGUUAUUUAAGAAUGAUCUGGAAUGUCAAAAGCUGAUUCUGGAAGCAAUGAAAUAUCAUCUAUUGCCAGAGAGAAGAACUUUAAUGCAAAGUCCAAGAACUAAACCUAGAAAAUCUACAGUUGGAACUUUGUAUGCUGUAGGAGGAAUGGAUAACAACAAAGGAGCUACAACCAUAGAGAAAUAUGACCUCAGAACAAAUUUGUGGAUCCAGGCAGGGACGAUGAAUGGCAGGAGGUUGCAGUUUGGCGUGGCUGUUAUUGAUGACAAACUCUUUGUAAUUGGAGGUCGAGAUGGCCUAAAGACUUUGAACACUGUUGAAUGUUAUAAUCCGAAAACAAAGACUUGGACAGUCUUACCCCCAAUGUCAACACAUAGACAUGGUCUAGGUGUAACCGUACUUGAAGGCCCUAUUUAUGCUGUGGGAGGCCAUGACGGUUGGAGCUAUCUGAAUACAGUGGAGAGAUGGGAUCCUCAGAGUCAGCAAUGGACAUUUGUAGCCAGUAUGUCAAUUGCCCGAAGUACAGUUGGUGUAGCAGCAUUAAAUGGCAAGUUAUAUUCAGUUGGAGGUCGUGAUGGAAGUUCCUGUUUGAGUUCAAUGGAAUAUUACGAUCCUCAUACAAACAAGUGGAACAUGUGUGCUCCAAUGUGUAAGAGGAGAGGAGGUGUUGGCGUGGCCACAUGUGAUGGUUUUCUUUAUGCAGUAGGAGGUCAUGAUGCUCCAGCUUCAAAUCACUGUUCCAGGCUACUAGAUUAUGUAGAGAGAUAUGAUCCCAAAACUGAUACAUGGACUAUGGUAGCUCCUUUGAGUAUGCCCAGAGAUGCUGUCGGUGUCUGUCUCCUUGGAGACAGAUUGUAUGCUGUUGGUGGCUAUGAUGGGCAAACAUAUCUCAACACAAUGGAAUCUUAUGAUCCACAAACUAAUGAGUGGACACAGAUGGCUUCUUUGAAUAUUGGAAGAGCAGGUGCCUGUGUGGUAGUCAUCAAGCAACCUUGACUUACUCUUAUUUGGGACUUGAUUUUAUUUGCUGGAGUGGUUAUUUUUACAUCAGAUGGCAAGAAUGAGAACUUUGUGAGAUGAAAUAGUUCAAGAACAAGGAUUUCUGUAGAUUAGCCUACCAAUAUCAAAGGCGGUAGAAAAUCAAACAGAACUACAGGGAACAAGAAAACAUCAAACUGUUAGAGGAACAAUGUCUGGACAUGUGGUAGUUAGUUCAGGAAUGGUUAUUGGUAAUUUGUUCUGUAAUGUAGCAUAUAAUAACUAGAGUUACCAAAGGCUUGUUUUUCUUGAUCAGUUAAGAGGAGAGCCUGAUAUUUGUGGCAUGGAAAAUUUCAUGACUACAACUCAUGCAAUCACUUUAUAAUCUGUGGCAAAAUCUAUGAGGUUACCAAAAGUAGAAGACACACUAUCUCAUCAGAGAGAAUCUGAUUAGCUUACUAUUUACUAAUCAGAUGUGGUCAUACAAGGAAGUAGAAUGAUGUUUUAUUAAAACAAAGAUGCUUCUUCCUCAUUUUCCUAAGGUACAAGGACAAUUAAAGAAAUAGAUUCAUGCUUGUCUCUUGCAUUCAGAAAACAAAUUUUCCUGCUAAUCAGAGCUGCAUAUUUCAUCCUAGAUGAUUGUUGAAUUUACUGCAAUUGUGCUAGCCAUCUGUAACAAGCAAAUACAAAAGAUCGCUUUAGUUAGUCUUGCCACAUUGCUUUGCUUUAUAAACACACUGAGCCAAAGAAUCAGUAUAAUAAUGGGCUUUUGCCUUAUGAGUUCAGUGUAAGCAUGGGAGCUAGUUAAUCUGAAUGUUAUAUGUAUAUCCAUUGCAUGUUGAAGUCCUUUAGAAUUUUUUUCUUUAGAAAAAAGAAUUUUGAGAGAAAAAGAUAUGAUCCAUUGAAUUGGAAUGUUAAUGACCAUUGUUAGGAAGAAGGCAUUCCUUGCUUUUCAAAGUUGUUACAUUGAUAUGCACAUUAUUUUAAGCCAACCAUUUGUAAUUGUUUAAAGCAUAAAAUGAAAAUGUUCAAAAAUAUCUUUACUAGAUCCAUGUGAAUUUUAAAUACAUGUAAUAAAUGAUAGAAAAUUUGC